AAUCCUCGUCGCUUAGGUUUUUAGGGUUUUUAUUAACAGUCUCUCACUAUCUCUACGUUUUUCUCUCACUCUAAACACCAUGACUGCUCAGACGCAAGAGGAACUCCUCGCUGCCCAUUUAGAAGAGCAGAAAAUCAACCCUGAUGAACCUGUUGUUGAGGAUGAAGAAGAAGAUGAUGAUGAAGAAGACGAUGAUGACGAGGGAGAAGAUCAACAAGAUGGGGAUGUCAGUGGUAGAUCCAAGCAAAGCAGAAGCGAGAAGAAGAGUCGUAAGGCAAUGCUGAAGCUUGGAAUGAAACCCAUCACUGGUGUUAGCCGUGUUACAGUGAAGAAAAGCAAAAAUAUUUUGUUUGUGAUCUCAAAACCGGAUGUUUUCAAAAGCCCAGCAUCUGACACUUAUGUUAUCUUCGGUGAGGCUAAGAUUGAAGACUUAAGCUCUCAACUACAAACACAAGCGGCCGAGCAGUUUAAAGCUCCUGACCUAAGUCAUGUAGUCUCCAAGCCGGAGUCUUCAGCCCCUGCUCAAGAUGAGGAGGAUGUGGAUGAGACAGGAGUGGAGCCCAAGGACAUCGAGUUGGUCAUGACACAAGCUGGAGUCUCUAGGCCAAAGGCUGUUAAGGCGCUCAAGGCUUGUGAUGGGGACAUUGUUUCUGCCAUCAUGGAUUUGACAAACUAAGGUAGUUAAUGAUGAUCCUUUGUUAGUUGUGAGAACAUACGGGUCGGAUUUUGGAGGCUCCUUUUCUUCUUUGGAUUCAUUUCAUCUCUUCUUUGAUUUCUUGUGUUGUACUGGUAUGAACUUGAAAACUUUUUAAAAGGAAUGGUUUUUGCUCUAGUUUUAGGUCAACAUUAAUUUUAAGAUAGCUCCUGCUUCUUAGAACAUGUUUCCAGGAGUUGGUUGUACCCAAGGCUGUCCAGUACUUCACUUUCAAGUUGUAGUGCAAGACCAUUCUAUGUACAAGCAUUCAGGCAAUGCAAACCUUUCUGCUUUGGUCUUAGUUAAUUUAUAGCUUAACACAAGAAGAUCCUCUUAUGUAGUUACCAGUCAUGGUUAAUUAAAUUUUGGUUGGCCUUGUUUUACAG